AUGUUAAGUGACCAAUAAAUUUUAUAAAUAGUCUUAGCAGCUGACAGUAUAAUAGUGCACUUUUAAUAUUACAUUACCAAUGAGACAUUAUACUUAAUAAUAGGUUUAUCAUCAGCACUUUUUCAUGCCAUUAUAUUUAUUAUUGAACAAAUGACAAGAAAUCAACUCUUAAAGUUGUUACUCAAUAUACUUAAAUUAGCAUAAAUCCUUAUUGUUUCCUAGAUGUUAUACGAAUCUUGGAUGAUUUACGUAGGAAUUUAAAUAGUUUGCAUAAUAAAAUUUAACUAGAAACUAACAAGAAUAAUGAUUUUUAUUUUAUUUUGCAUUCAUUCAACAUCCCUUACUUUUGCAGAUAUGAAUUAUUUAGCAACUGGAAUUGUUAGAAAUUGCUUAUGUUAUAUUUUGCUUUUAAGUUUAUUUAAGAAACACAAUUACACAAGCGAUUAAAUGGAAGAGAUAAUAAAAUAAUUAAGUUCAGACAUUUUUGUUUUCCUUGAUAGUAAUUUUAAUCCAGAAAAUGAAUAAGAGAAUUUCCAGAUCAUCAUGAAUGAUCAUGUGUUUAGGAGUGGAGAUGAAAGAAGCGAUCGAAUUACUACAAUUAGGGAUUAGAAUACAAAUGGCAUUCAGCCAAAAUUGAUAGAUGAAAAGAAUACUUUUGAAUUCAAAACAAUUUUCAAUCACUUGAAAAAUACUACAGCUAAUUGGUAAGAUUAAAUCUAUGAAGCAUAAUCUGAUUAUAUUAUAGUAGUUAAGAAAGUAUUUUAUAAUCAAAACAUCUCUAAUUUUCCUAAAUGUUUAACUCCAUAGUAAGAUCAUUUUUUCAUUCUUCAAAAAAAGUUAAAGCCAGUUUUACCCAAAAUAUAGCCUUUGAAAGAUAAUACAAAAGAUUACAUGAGGAUUUUGAGUAAGGUCUCACAUGAUAUGAGAACUCCUCUAAAUGCUAUAAUUAACAUGCAGUUGUGUUUAAAAGAUUAGAUAGAUGAAUCUUUGGCUGAGAGAUACUUAAAACCUUCUCUUAAUUCUUGCAGAUUGCUCUUGAAUUUAGUUAAUGACAUACUAGAUUAAGCAUAACUUUAAAAUAGAAAAAUUCGUUUAGUGUUCAAAAAGUUCAAUCUCAAAAAGUUAAUCAAUAAAACCAUCUCAAUUUUUGAUAUUUAAAAAGAGAAAAAAGAAUUAAUUAUUUUACUAAAUUAUGACGCUACCGUACCUGAAUUUAUUAAUAGCGAUAAAAAUAGAAUUAGAUAAGUGAUUAUGAAUCUCCUUAGUAAUGCAGUCAAAUACUCUAUGGCUAAAGGUAAAAUAAUAAUAUCAUGUGAAUUUAUGAUGAAAUCUUCAACUUUUUUAAUUUCAGUGAGUGAUACUGGCUUAGGAAUAAAACCAGAAAAUCUAGAGCAUUUAUUUUAAGAAUUCGCAAGAGUUGAAGACAAAGAAAAUCUCGACAAAAAUCCUAAUGGAAUAGGCUUAGGGUUAUUAAUAAGCAACGAAUUAUCAAGGCUAUUAUCAUCUAAUAAUUAAGGGAUAUCUGUUCAAUCUUAGUAUCAGAAAGGGGCAACAUUUUCGUUUCAAAUCUUGAAUCAAAAGUUUCCUGAUGAAGAUCUUUCAGAUUCCAAAAUAUCAGAUGGCGCUGUUUAAGAAGUAAGCAAUUUACCAGAAUCGCAUUUCUUCUAGCAAUAAAGUUGCAGCUUCAAAUCCAAAGAGUUUACAAUGCCAAUCAUUAAAUAGUUAUCAUUUGAUAGUUAAUAAAUUAUUUCUACUAAUAACAAUUAAUCAAUUAAGAAGUAUAAUUUGAGAGUGAAUUCAUCAAAUCUAUUAUCCUCAAAUCGAUUACUUCCAUUUAAUGUGGAUUGUGAGAAGUCUUACCAAAGAAAAUCAACAAACCAAUCCAAUUAAAUUAUUGAAUAAACUAAUAUUUGGUUAAAUUAAACGUCUAAAUAACCUCCAGUACUAAUAGUAGAUGAUAAUGAAUUUAACAUUAUUGUCUUAUAAUAUAUUUUGGAGUAGUUGUAUCUAACUUGUGAUUCAGCUAUUUCAGGAUAGACAGCAUUAAAAAAAUGUAAGGAAAGAGCGUUGAGCCAAUAUAAACUUAUAUUUUUAGAUAUUGAAAUGCCUGAAAUGGAUGGAUUGGAAACAGCCAAAAAACUUUUAGAAUAAGAUGCAUCUCUUAAGAUUAUCGCCUGCACUGGGAAUCGAUAAACAUAAGAACAACUAGAGACCUACAAAUAAGUCGGAAUGUUGGGAGCUAUAGAGAAACCAGUAACCAAAGCAAACUUGAAAGAACUGCUUCUUAAUCUAAAUGCCUAGAGAAACGAUGCAUAAUUUACUCAUUACUUUUGA